ACAAGAACAGCACCCGCCCCCUAUGGGUCCGCGGUCGCUCCGGGGCGCCGGCGCCCUCCCAAGCCGCGGCAGCGGCCGCACCGGACUCCCGGGGAAGGGCUUGCGUGCGGCCGCAGAUCCGCGCUGGACACUGCGGGCGAGGGCCACGACUGCGUGGCGCCUUGCAGGGCGGGGGAUGGGCCACGGAGCCAAGUCCUCAGAGCUUGCAACGGCCGGGCGAAGGAUGGGGCCCGGAGUGCAACGCACCGGCACCAGGGACAUAGGAAGUGCUCCACAUCCCUCGCCCUAUCCCACCCUCCACCUUCAACCCCCGCCCUGCUCAGCGGGAGAGCCAGUGGGCUUCACACCGAGCCUUGGCGCUCUGCCUGGUCCGGAUCCAAGCUGCAGAGCUCUGAGGUAGCCUCAUCCUCACCUGCUGGGCUCAGAUCCUCGCGUCCCCAGGGUCCAGGAAAGCCAGAUUGGCAGCAGCAGGGCCUGGAGCCCGGAGCACAUGGCGCUGCUCCUCUAGCCUAACCUGAGUGGGAACUGCUCCACUCUACCGUCACUGAGCUAGGAACCAACGGCGACGUGGGGAUCCCCGCCUCCCCCUACCCCGCCCCUACCCCCACCCGCGGGCUUUCCCGCCUGACCCAUCUUCCAGCCCUUUGCAUGGCGGCAAGAUUAUCUAUUUAUCAAAUAUGACUAUGAAAAGCAGUCUCCUUAAGCUGUGCCUCUCCUGCAAAACCAAGUGAGUGCCGAAUCCUUCCUGCUCACAUAAACGCAUUCAUAAUGAACCGCAAAGAGAAAUCUUGUCGAAAAACUGCAAUUCAAGCCACACUUAAGAGACCCUAGCUUGUCAUUAUGAAGAUGAGAAAUAAUGUGCCUUUUCUGGUGCAGACCAGAUACAUCCACCCUUAUUUGAAGCGUCAAGAUCAAGUUGGAGGCAAGAACAGUUUUUCUUCCAAAUUCAUCUGCUUCGACUAUUAUUCUUACUGGGAAUGGACAAUGGAAUGCUCUCUAGAUUUAUCAUGACCCAAACCCUCCUUGUCUUCUGUAUUUCCAUGACCUUAUCCAGUCACUUUGGCUUUUCGCAAAUGCCAACUAGUUCUGUACAAGACGAGACCAAUGACAACAUCACAAUAUUCACCAGGAUCUUGGACGGACUCUUGGAUGGCUAUGACAACAGACUGCGGCCUGGGCUGGGAGAGCGAAUCACGCAGGUGCGAACAGACAUCUAUGUUACCAGCUUUGGCCCAGUGUCUGACACGGAAAUGGAAUAUACCAUCGAUGUGUUUUUCCGGCAAAGCUGGAAAGAUGAAAGGCUGCGGUUUAAGGGCCCCAUGCAACGCCUCCCUCUCAACAACCUUCUUGCCAGCAAAAUCUGGACUCCAGACACGUUCUUCCACAACGGCAAGAAGUCCAUUGCACACAACAUGACGACACCCAACAAGCUGCUGAGGCUGGAGGAUGAUGGCACACUUCUCUACACCAUGCGUCUGACAAUCUCUGCUGAGUGCCCAAUGCAGCUUGAGGACUUUCCAAUGGAUGCCCAUGCCUGUCCCCUGAAAUUUGGCAGUUAUGCUUACCCUAAUUCUGAAGUUGUCUAUGUUUGGACCAAUGGCUCCACCAAGUCUGUGGUGGUGGCAGAAGAUGGCUCCAGGCUCAACCAGUACCACCUCAUGGGGCAGACAGUAGGCACUGAGAACAUCAGCACCAGCACAGGUGAAUAUACGAUCAUGACUGCUCACUUCCACCUGAAGAGGAAGAUAGGCUACUUUGUCAUCCAGACCUACCUUCCCUGCAUCAUGACUGUCAUCUUAUCCCAGGUGUCCUUUUGGCUAAAUCGAGAAUCUGUCCCAGCUAGGACAGUUUUUGGAGUGACCACAGUGCUGACCAUGACAACACUCAGCAUCAGUGCCCGGAAUUCGCUGCCCAAAGUGGCCUAUGCCACAGCCAUGGACUGGUUCAUUGCUGUCUGCUAUGCAUUUGUCUUCUCUGCUCUGAUUGAAUUUGCCACAGUCAACUACUUUACAAAGAGAGGAUGGGCCUGGGAUGGCAAGAAAGCCCUGGAAGCAGCUAAAAUAAAGAAAAAAGAACGCGAACUCAUACUAAAUAAGUCAACAAAUGCUUUUACAACUGGAAAGCUGACCCAUCCUCCAAACAUCCCAAAAGAGCAGCCUCCAGCUGGGACCGCGAAUGCACCCACAGUCUCCAUCAAAGCUUCUGAAGAGAAGACUGCGGAGAGUAAAAAGACAUACAACAGCAUCAGCAAGAUCGACAAAAUGUCCCGGAUUGUGUUCCCCAUCUUGUUUGGCACUUUCAACUUAGUUUACUGGGCAACAUAUUUGAAUAGAGAGCCCGUGAUAAAAGGGGCCACCUCUCCAAAGUAAACUAGGAAACCCCACUCCCACAGAAAUGAAACUGCGGAGAGAGCCCGAGCUCACAGAGACUCUCUGGGCGCUGUCUUUCAGGAAAUUUUGCAUGUUUAAUAAUAUGUACAAAUAAUAUUGCCUUGAUGUUUCUACGUGUAACUUCAAAUGUUUCAAGGAUGUACCCUUAAUAAACCAAGCAAAUGGCCUUCUAGAACAACGAUGGGAGGCAAUGACUGACUCUCAGAUGCUCAGCGCCCUAACAUCAAUAGUUUACAAACGAGAGAAGUAUAUUUUUAACUGUUCUGAGUAUAUGACAUUUUUAUACUUCGAAUGCCAUUUCAUACGGUUUUUCCCAGCCAACAGAACAUUUUAGGGAACCCCUGUGAUGACCACUUCACAGGUGAAAAAAAGCAAAGUUCCUGGGGUACACGCUGUUAAUGAAGAGCAAACUGUGGACAUUUAAGUCCAGUACGAAUUGCCUUUAACAAUUCUUCUUGUUCUGAAAUUAGAAAACUACUGCAUGAACUGACAUUAAGAAAUAGAAUAAGCAAACAUUUAUGCAGACAAAUUUAAUGACAAGCACAUAGUGUCUUAGAUUAGCAGAUCAAAUACUUCCCCCAAGGAAAAGAAAUCAACUAAUUCAAAGUUAAUUUUGGUUUUGGUGGAAAAUAAAUAUAUUUCUUACCCUAUCCCAACACCUCAACAACCUUAAUAAUGACUAAGAAAAAAACCAAUCUUAAACCCUUAAAGCAACGAGGCCUUGGUCUUUGGAGGCAGAACCCUUUGAACAUUGUUUCUGGACGCCGGCUCCUCUUGCUGCCGAUUCAGCGCUGAGAAAUUGUAACUGAGUUAUUUUCUGUUUUAUUGCCCUGUACAUAUUUCAUGAUUGGAUUAUCGCUCUGUUAGCUUUUGUAUAUGAAUCUUAAAUGUUCAUUAAAAAAAUGUAAAAAUCA